GCGGCGGCAACUGCUGACGGCCUCGAGGAGAUGUGGAAAGACACAUCUAACCUCAUUUGGACGCUCUCCGUCUCGCGCUGAACAUCUCGAAGGCGACUUCGGUCUACACGACGAGUGCGUCGUCCUCACCAUGAGUGCGCCGACGGCGUGAAAAAUCCAAGUGUCUCGUUUUCGCUUUUCAAUUUCAUCAAUAUAAAAAACAGUGACGAUGGCGCGGAUCUGCAGAGGACAAGACGCCGCUCUUUCGGUGCUGUGCCUUUGUUUAUUGCACUUGACGUGUGCCUUCAAUGUGGACACGCAGAAUUAUGUGCUUCAUAGAGGUGAAAGAGACUCGAUGUUUGGAUUUAGUGUGGCGCAGCAUCUAGACAGGGGGAAGAGUUGGUUGCUUGUUGGAGCCCCUGCGGCGCGGACGCCCCAGCCAGGAGUUAAUCGAGGGGGUUCUGUGUUCCGUUGUGAGAUUUCUCGCGACGACUCCUGCUUUGAGAUUCCUUUUGACAGAAAAGGAAACAAUAUCGACCAGACGAACUCGCAAAUAGACAGCAAGAGCGGUCAGUGGUUUGGAGCCACCGUCAAGAGCUCGGGCACCAAUGGAAUAGUUCUGGUGUGCGCGCCUCGGUACGUCUAUUACUCUUCCAACAAGGAACGUCGAGAACCAGUCGGCACUUGCUAUGUGGCCCGCAACAGCUCCUCAAGUUUUGACGAAUACUCGCCGUGCAGAACUGACCAGUGGGGUUACCACAGACAAGGAUACUGUCAAGCUGGCUUUGGGGCUGACAUUUCAAAGGACGGAAAACGACUGUUCAUCGGGGCGCCUGGAAGCUAUUAUUGGCAAGGACAAAUGUAUUCAAUUAGCGGAGAACGGCCUGAAUUACUGCCGCCACCACGAUCGGCGAUUCUGGCAUCAGGUAUGGCCUUCUCACAGAGUUUGUACACCAGACCUGACUUGAAAGCAACCAAGGAGGGAACGGCCACUGAUGACGACAGUUAUUUGGGCUAUUCCGUUGUGGCCGGUGACUUUACCGGAGAGGGUCGUCAGGGGUGUGCAGUUGGCAUGCCAAAAGGAGCGUCCCUGCUUGGAAAGGUAUUGCUUUACACCUGGGACCUGGUGAAUACGCAUAAUGUGACUGGCACUCAACUGGGGUCCUACUUUGGCUACUCACUUUGCGCCACCGAUCUGGACGGCGACGGUCUGCAAGAUCUUGUUGUUGGCGCUCCUCUUUACACCGAGUUGGACAACAACGAGGGCAAAUACGAAACAGGGCGAGUUUACAUCUUCUACCAGGGCCGAGAGGAGAAAUUCGGCAAGAUGGAAAUUCGUGACGGAGAAAAGAGCAAAUCGAGAUUCGGUUUGUCUUUGGCUGGACUCGGUGAUAUCAAUAAGGACGGGUUUGAAGAUUUUGCUGUUGGCGCCCCUUACGAUGGGCCCCAUGAACAUGGCGCCGUUUACAUUUAUCAUGGCUCGGCGGAGGGUGUCCGAGAGAAAUAUUCACAGGUUAUUUUCGCUGAGGAAAUCGGCCCGAACAUUGCCACUUUUGGAUUCUCUGUUUCUGGAGGAUUUGACUUGGAUGAAAAUUUGUAUUCGGAUCUUCUCGUUGGAGCGUAUGAAUCAAGCACUGCUAUCCAUUUCCCUUCGCGUCCCGUCGUCAACGUAGACGUAAAACUGACUUUUAGCUCAGAGGUCAAGCAAAUUGCCUUGGACGAUCUCAAAUGUCGUCUGAGAGAUGGCACAAAAGUGGCCUGUGUUGAAGUCACUGCCUGCUUUGAAUACGGCGGCGUCACAGUUGAAAGGAGACUUGAUUUUGAGAUUCAAGUCAUCUUAGACGCCAAGAAACCCAAAAGUCCGCGGAUGUUCUUUGUGGACGAAGAAGGCAGGAACUCGAUCAAUCAAACAAUAAGACUGAACAACAAAUCUCUGUUUUGCAGAACGUAUCAAACAUAUAUAAAGCCCAAUAUUCGAGAUAAGCUGUCGCCUAUUGAGGCGGAGGUGCGUUAUAGUCUGCUCAAAUCACCCACCUCGUCAAACCAGUUGCUGCGGAGAGCGCAACGAUCUCUGGAGCCGAUUCUCGACAUGAAUGUGGGUCAAGUGCAAAAGGACACGAUUAGCAUUCAGAAGAAUUGCGGUCCUGAUAAUGUUUGCGUCCCCGACCUGAAAAUGGAAGCUUCCCCCAAUGUUGGCGAGUACCUGCUGGGAUCUGAAAAGCGUCUCGAGUUCAAUGUGGAGGUGUUCAACAACGGCGAGGACUCGUUUGAAUCUAUGUUCUACCUGACCAUCCCACCUGGUCUGAACUACAUCAAUAUUGAGCGUUCCGGCGCCGAUUCAUCCGUAGCAGUUCAAUGCUCCGCUCCAUCGUCCGCCACAAACAACACCCUGCGCUGCGACAUUGGAAAUCCACUGCCGAGCAGAAAGCUGAUCAAAUUCAAAGUUCUGCUGCAACCAUUCUGGGCACAGGGCACGCCAUCCCGAUUCGACUUCACCCUGGAUGUUAACAGCACAAACCCCGAGGAAUCAUUCAACUACAAGAACAACCACAAAACGGUGUCUAUUCCAAUUAUGGUCGACACAGACCUCCAAAUUGAAGGCUCCUCUUUACCGCCCCAGCUUUACUACAACUCGUCUGCUUAUCAGCCUAGGGAGUUCUACAGAGAGGAAGGCCAGCUGGGCCCUCAGGUGGUGCACAUGUACGCCAUCAGAAACAAGGGACCGUCGAACAUUCUCGAGGCGGAGGCCUACUUCAUUUGGCCCUCAUACACGCUUGACGGCGAGACCCUACUUUACUUGCUCGAGCAGCCGGAGACGAGUGGACCCAUCAAGUGCGAGAUUGCGGCCAAAGUGAAUGAAAAGAGAGUCAAGUUGGAGAAAAAGAAAUCGUAUCUUGGUUACGCUGACGAGGAUGAAAGUGGUCACGGCGGCCGCCUGGGGGUCAGCAUGGUGGAGCAGAAGGAGUCGGAACGUGGCUCGCAGAAACCAAACUCCUACGACCGUUCACGCGUUUCCUCCCAAAAUCAAUCUUCUCGCACGGAAACCCGGAGCGGAACACGAACUGUCACAACUUAUCAAUCUUCCUGGUCGAAGGAGUACACUUCUGAAGAGGAGUAUCAGCAGCACCAACAACAACAACAACAGCAGCAAAGGCGAGGUGGCAAGGUCAGGACGCGCCGACAAAACGACUACAGCGGAGAGGGAAGUUAUGAGGACUACAGUGGCUCGGAAAGGGACGAGCAGAAAGAACUCGAUGAUGCUACAAAAUGCGGACCAACCCAGUGCACCAAGAUAAAAUGCAUCGUUGGACCGUUUUCCAAAGACCAGGAGGUGUGGGUGGCACUGCGGGGCAGGGUAUUUGCAGACACGCUAAGAGCGCUCAAUCACCAAAACUUGAAAGUGUCUUCGCUGCUAGCGGCUCGCAUUAUUAAACUGCCCUACAUUGGGCAGCCGGAAUACAUGUCUGUCAAGAAGUACGAGGUCAUGACCGAGGUCAUCUCGACGGACACACCCUUGCAUCCUUCAGAACACGUGCCUUGGUGGGUGGUGGUGCUUUCGGCGUGCGUCGGUGCUGCCAUCCUCAUUCUCCUUGUCUUCCUUCUCUGGAAGUGUGGUUUCUUCAAGAGAAAUCGGCCAACGGCGAACACCGCCGAGAAGGAGCCGCUCAACAGAAACGGACACUACCAGCCAGGUGAUGAGCCCUUGUGAUGUGCCUCAGAGACCUGCUCCAACUAGAAAAGACUGGUAGUUACCAAUAAAUGCGAAAAUGAUACAACGACUACCGCCGUCUCUCGGGAGAGUCGGCGCAAGAGAAACUUUAAAAAGCAGAGUGAUUCGUCCGAAAGAAAAAAAUAUAAUAAUUUUCAUCACAACACUCACCAUCGUAAUGUGUUCUUCCGCGGGAGAGAGAAAUGCGAAACUAACUUUGUCUACUCACUAAAAACAAUUAGAACGAAGAAAAAGUGCUUCUCGGUUUGAAUGGCGGUUGUUCUCUCUCUGUUUCUUAAUAAUUUAUUUCGUGUACUUAAUCUGGCUAAUUGUGUAUGCUCGGAAUUAUUGUCCCAUGUGACUUUGCAACGAUAACAUUUCGGCCGGAGUGUGUUGUUUUGUUUGUGCCAAGCGCAAGUUUUCCUCUUUGUGUUUGCGGGGUCGCGCCGUGCCGCCUCGAGCUAGGCAACAAGCGUCGCAGACAGCGUAUAAUCUAUUUCAAUAGCUUUGUGUCCCGAGCUGAAUGAAGACGUUGAGCUCAAAAUUUUCAACAGCUUUUUCCUCUCCCUGGAGUGAUAUUUUCAUUUUCAUUUCUUCAAUGAAAUGAAAUUUCUCCGGGUGAGGCAGGUGACAAUGGGAAGGCUAAAUUUAGUUUUUGGCAAAUAAGCUGGUGGAAUUUUCCUCAGUGGAGAAACUCCUUUGAAAUCCUGCACGAAAGUAACUUGAAGCCCUCAUCUUGUUUAAUUAGACAAAACACGAAACUUCUCAGACUUGAGAUAAUCUUUGCCGUUUUCCUUUUAAUUAAAAUUGAAUGCUCAAGAUAUCUUCAUUAAAAGAAAAUUAAUUAGUGAAAGGUUAAUUAAUUCAGGCUAAAUUUGGAGCACUAGAAGAUUAAAAAUUUUUUUUUUGCUUCAAGAAUAGAAAAAAAUUUGUGUGCUUCUGGAACAAGCAUAUUUUAAACAUUUCCUCUUUACUUCAAGUGCGAUAAAAAUCCAUCGUUUUCAAGCCGCAAUUGUAAAAGUAGGGUUGCGUCCUGUCUUGAGCAGGCCCAUUUAAGCCUUAGCAGACUUUCUUGCAAGAAGUCUCUGGCAAAGUCCUUAAACGUGUCACAAUAUGUAUCUGGCAGGCAACCUUUUCUUUGUGUUAGCAAUAAAAAUCACGCUCAAAACUUUUAAUGGAUCCGCCGCCUGUAAAAGCAAAAGAAUCCUUUCCAUUUUUUCCGCUGCUCCUUUUUUCACUCACGCUGCUAUAUUGAUUUAAGCAGUUUUAUCGCAACAAAGAGGCAAGUGGAAACUUUUGUGCUGAUGAGUUGUGUGCUUUUUGAUUAGUUCGUUAACUGCAGCACUGACUUCUCUCUAAAAAAAGGCACGGCCAAUUAAAGCGCGAACUCUCCAUCCACGCUCCGGCCGAGAAUAUAUUUUCACCAAAUUGUUUUAUCCGGAGAUUGUUCUUUAACCGGCAGCUUUAGAUCUAUGACGGAAAAUCAAACCGAAAAAGUUUUUAUUUUUUAGGAAUAAAUUUUAUGUACUAAAAAAAUGUGCGCAUUGUGUAUGUAUGUGUUUGAAAAGUUGCACCGUGAGCCAGGUAAAAAAAUGUAAAAAUUAAUUCUUUUCAACUUGUUUCUGUUCGUGUAACUCAUGUACAUAUAAACCACGUAAAUUUUAUUGGCGAUUAAUUUUACUUGCAGUUAAUAAAGGCGAAGAGAUGAAAUAAAUAUCGAAAAUUGUCA